CCGUCGAUAUAUCCUACACACGCGCCCCCACCCCCACUAAUCUCCUAAAUCCCACCCCAUCCCUCCUGACCGCUCACGAGGGCGCCUUGUAUGUCCGGCUACGCGGGUUCAUUCAGUUCGGCCCAAUCGCCUAAGUCCCCGCGCGCACGAACCAGGGGAAGGGGGGCUGGUGAACCGGGCCAAGCCACCAGGGUCUAUGACGCCCCGUCGCAAGCCAGGGCAGGAGGGGGAGAUUGCUCGCGGACAUUAGCGCCUUUGAUCCGUGCGCCACGUGCGGUUGUGCCGGCAUGGGCUGCAUUGAUCCUGGCGGGGUUGUGGCGGGGGCAACAUUCCGCCAGGGCCCGGCUGCCCGGUGCGGGGCCCCGGGGGCGGGGGAACGACAAGUGCGUAGUCCCCUUUCCUCUCUUAUCCGCAUCACCUCCGUCCUCCUCAACGACCAUGUCGGCGACCACGAUCCUCAUCACUGGCAGCGCGGGCUGGUGAUCGACUUGCAGCUCUCCAAGGCGAUCAUCGAAGACGGCAAGACGCCCAACCCCCAGUUCAUCCUCGCCGACAUCGUCGAGCCCAAGCCACCGCAGGGUGUCAAGUCCGUCACCAUCAAGGCCGACUUGACGAACCGCGAUGAGAUCGACAAGCUCUUCAACACCGAGCUCGGCAUCCCCGAUGUCAUCUACUGCCUGCACGGCAUCAUGUCGCGCGGCUCGGAGGACAACUUCGAUCUGGGCGUCAAGGUCAACAUCGACUCAAUCCGCUACAUGCUCGAGGCGGCGCGGAAGUACGGCGAGAAGCGCGGCGCGCCUAUCAAAUUCAUCUUCACGUCGUCGCUCGCGGUGUAUGGGGGGCCUUUGCCUGAGGUCGUGACCCCGGAUACGAUCGCGACGCCGGAGGGCGCGUAUGGCAUGGGCAAGUUGUCGUCUGAGCUCAUGGUUAACGAGUACUCGCGUCGCGGGUUCGUCGAUGGCCGCAUCAUCCGGUUACCCACCAUCGUCGUCCGUCCCGGUGUCCCCUCCGCCGCCACCUCCGCCUUCAUUUCUGGUGUCAUCCGCGAGCCCCUAAAGGGCGUCGAGGCCAUCUGCCCCGUCGGCAACUCCUUCGACUCCCCCGAGCUCGAGCUCGCCGCCUGGGUCGCCUCCCCAGAGACCACCAUCAAGAACUUCGUCAUCGCGAUGCAGGUCUCCGCCGACAAGUUCCUCAAGCACACCCGCGUCGUCUGCCUCCCCGGCUUCACCACCACCGUCCGCGAGGAGAUCGAGGCACUCGAGAAGGUCGCGGGCAAGGACGCGCUCAAGCUCAUCAAGUUCCAGGACGACCCCGUCAACCGGCGCAUCGUGUCCUCGUGGCCGGCGCGGUUCGACAACUCGUACCCGCUCUCGCUGGGCUUCGUGGUGGACGAGGGUGGGAUGGUGCCGAUAGUGCAGAAGUUCAAGCAGGAUGUGGAGGCAGGGCUGGCAUGAGAAGGAGAUGUAUAACAGUAGAACGCACAUGGAUUUCUCUAUAGUAUUAGUAUUUAUCGGAAGGCCAUUCACACAAAUUUUCGCAGGGUUCGUAAUGCCAGUGCCGCACGA